CUGUACGUGUACGUGUAGCAUGUCGGCAUCAGACAGCCGUGUGUACGACGUGUGCGUGGUGGGGGCGGGGAUGAUCGGCUCCGCGGCCGCGCGGCACGCCUCCGGGACCGCCGGCACCCGGGUGUGUCUGGUCGGGCCGGGAGAGCCGAAGGAUCGAAUGUCCCGCACUAUUUUCGGCGCGCAUUACGACGAAGGCCGCAUCACCCGGGCCCUUGACCCCGACCCGACCUGGGCACUACUGGCGCAGAGAUCCAUCCGCAGAUAUCGUGACUUGGAGAGAAAAACAGGCAUUAACUUCUUUAACGACGUCGGUUUUCUCGUUAUCGGCUCACCUGACGGCGAUUACGUCAGAAGCGUGCGGGAAAACGCCCGACGUCAUGACGUCACCGUCCAGACGCUGUCCCGCGCCCAGACCAGGAAGACGUUUCCGUUCCUGGAAAUCGGCGAGGGGAUGGUGGCGCUGCUGGAUUCCCGGAACUGCGGGCACGUCUCCCCCAGGCGACUUGUGGCCGCACUGCAGACUGCAGCACACCUGCAGGGCUGUGACGUGGUUGAUGACGUGGUUGCCUCAGUGGAGCGCCACCCUGCGAGUUGGGCGCGAGCUGCAGGCGCGACCCUGGCGGUGCGGACGGAGACGGGGAGAGUCAUCCACGCCAAGCGGGUCCUGCUGGCCACGGGCGCCUUCACGGCCUUCCGCCGCCUGCUGCCGCCCUCUCUCCGCCCGGACGUCAGGCUCAACGGACAGACCGUCGCGCUGGUGGAGAUUAGCGAGAGUGACGCCGACCGUCUACAGCGCAUGCCCAGUAUGAUAUAUAGACACCCCGCUGAUGUGGGGCGAUGGUUCUACAUCCUCCCGCCAAUUCGGUACCCCGACGGUAAGUUCUACCUGAAGAUCGGCCACGGGUCCCGCUGGGAGGCGCUGCUGCACACGGAGGAGGAGGUCCGGGACUGGUACCGUUCUGGCGGGAACCCGGAGGCGGUUCGCGUCAUGGCGGAGGAACUGUUGGCCUUGCUCCCAGGAGUGAAGCCGGUCUCCGUUCACGGAGACGCAUGCGUGACAGUGAAGACGCCGACAGAACAGCUGUACGUUGACAUGGUAACGCCGUCGCUGGGCGUGGCGCUGGGUGGCAACGGAUACGCGGCAAAGUCAUGUGACGAAAUCGGACGAAUGGCAGCAAAGAUGAUCUUGAAGGGGCGAUGGGACCACGACCUUCCCAGGGAUCAGUUCGGCAUUAGAUGGGCUGAGAGUCAGCCGAAGUCGAAACUGUAACGCGGCCCUUUACGUACCAGUGGGCAUUAAUUGCAUGCACGACUUUUCAUACACCACUUUGUGCACGAAACGUAACAAAUUUUGAACACGAAAUGUUACAAUUUUUUUACUCAAAAUGUUACAGAAGCACAUCCGGGACCUUCUUCUGAGUCCUGUUUCCUGGAAGCCACGUGUUGAAGUCAGUGGUAAUGUUUUUCUGAACUGGAGCGUGCGGUGAAGGCCAACGGCCACCCACCUGCCUGAUGAACUCAGUGUGCU